CAAUGCCUAGACACGUUGUUUGCUGCAGUGGAUAUCCCUGGACAAAGCCUAGUAUCUUCUUCCAACAUGCCCUGUUUGUCAAUCACCCGAGAUUCCCAAUAAACGCACAUACAAGGUGGUUUGGCCAACGUCCCAAUCAGGCUGGCUAGGCGGCUUGAGAGCAGCACAGGUGUGGUAUAGACACUUUGUCAGAGCCUUGCCAACCCCCUUAUAGCAAAGUAUCACCGCCUUGUGCCGCAGUACUUCCCCUCCUUGGCGUACUGCCUUUGUGAUGCAUUCACAUGAAGCUGCACAAGACAGCAUCAACAGACAUCAGCCCGCGGGAUCUUGAGCACAGCCGCAUCUUACAGCCGCAUACCCGCAAUGAUGUCGUCUCCUUGUCCAUCUUUGUCAUCCCUAGAGUCGUUCGACGCAGCUUGGCACAGCACACCAUACUCUUGGAUCAGCAAGUGCCAAAUUCUCAGACUCACCGUUGAUUUCACCACAACUCUGCCCGAGGCAAGCAACGAAGAACCACCAACGCACGAGCGCACAGAGUAUGGACGCUUUGUCGCCCAGGAGGCACUCCGUCUGCAUAGACAUUUCAUCGAGGAAGGAUACUCCACAGGAUUCAGUGAGUCCAAGACCUGCAUGUACCGCCCUAUACCAGGGACAGACGCCCCAACGACCAUUAAGAAGAUCUUCGAGCUCCACACAAACGCCGAUGCCAACGAGAUGCUCCAAUUCUGCAUCCAGAGAAAUAUCUGGGUUCUUGACCGUUGCCAUAAAGCCAGCCUCAAAGAUGAGGAAAGAAUCAGGAACGAGGCACGGGGCCUACUUCAUCUGCAUCCCAGCCCAGUCCUUGAUGACCUGGCUCGCUCCUGGAGAACGCCAGAUGCAUGGAGCCAGAUCCUGCACUGGGAGACGAAGCUGUCGAAGUACGCGCUCAUACGAUUAGAGUAUGCCGCAGAGGCGAAUAGGCUGCUGUCGAAGGGAGACUUGAGCGCAAGGAAGAGAGAAAAUUUGAAGGCCGUGGUGGAGUUCUGGAGUCAAUUGAGAGAUAGAUUGGCCCAGUUCGUCAGACAUAUCACCUUCUGGACAGGAGGCAAGGAGUUCCUCGAGAGGCACAAUGGCGAGCUGUGGGACGUUGUGGAGGAGAGGUAG